CGCCGCCACCCCCCUCCCGCCCUGUUCUCUUUCUGGUCCGGUCGGGCCCGGCCGGUUCCACGAGCGCCCGGCAGAGACUGAGGGAGAGAGAGAGAAAGAGGAGGGGAGGAGGAGGAGGAGGAGGAUUCAGGGAAUAGGAGCUGGGGAGCCCUUCUGCGCCACAGAAAAUUUCCAAAGACCUCAAGAAGAUAGGAAAAUUAUCAGAAAGGCAGUAGCGCCAUUACACUGUAUUUGCUUCUUUGUCAGCAGCGCUCAAGUGAUCUCUACUUCUUCAUUCUUCUUUGCUUCCUGUCUGCUAACCAAGACUUGUGUUUGGAGAACUCUUUUGUACUGAAUCUGAAGUCAUCUUUGACCUAUAAUAAGAGCAUGCAUUUUCAAAUGUCAAUUAGAUUUUUGGAUCAAUAAAGGUCUCCUGUAAGGUAGUCGCUUUCAGCGACAUUGUUCAUUUCUCACAAUGUAUCAUUCCUUAUCUGAAACUAGACAUCCUCUGCAGCCAGAAGAACAAGAAGUGGGCUUUGACCCCCUGUCAAGCUACUCAAACAAGACUGGAGGAGAUUCAAAUAGAAAUGGAAGAAGUUCUACUUUAGAUUCAGAUGGGACUUUUAAUUCUUACAGGAAAGAAUGGGAAGAACUAUUUGUAAACAACAAUUACUUGGCAACAAUAAGGCAGAAGGGGAUUAAUGGGCAGCUGAGAAGCAGCAGGUUCCGCAGCAUUUGCUGGAAGCUGUUUCUUUGUGUUCUUCCUCAAGAUAAAAGUCAGUGGAUAAGUAGAAUUAAAGAAUUAAGAGCAUGGUAUAGCAACAUUAAAGAAAUACACAUCACAAACCCGAGGAAGGUUGUUGGCCAGCAGGAUUUGAUGAUCAAUAAUCCCCUUUCACAGGAUGAAGGGAGUCUUUGGAACAAAUUCUUUCAAGAUAAAGAACUUCGAUCAAUGAUUGAACAAGAUGUCAAAAGAACAGUACUCUGUGGAGCGAACAGAAGAUGGAAACAUUGGUUUCCUGAAAUGCAGUUUUUCCAACAAGAAAAUGUGAGAAAAAUUCUUACAGAUGUUCUUUUCUGUUAUGCUAGAGAAAACGAGCAGUUGCUUUAUAAACAGGGCAUGCACGAGCUCUUAGCGCCUAUAGUCUUUAUUCUCCACUGUGACCACCAAGCUUUUCUUCAUGCCAGUGAGUCUGCCCAGCCAAGUGAGGAAAUGAAAACUCUCUUGAACCCUGAGUAUCUGGAACAUGAUGCCUAUGCAAUGUUCUCACAACUUAUGGAAACUGCUGAACCUUGGUUUUCUACUUUUGAGCAUGAUGGUCAAAAGGGAAAAGAAACACUGAUGACUCCCAUCCCCUUUGCUAGACCGCAGGAUUUAGGGCCAACAAUUGCUAUUGUUACUAAAGUCAACCAGAUCCAGGAUCAUCUACUGAAGAAGCACGACAUUGAGCUUUAUAUGCACUUGAACAGACUAGAAAUCGCACCACAGAUAUAUGGGUUACGGUGGGUCCGGCUACUAUUUGGACGAGAGUUCCCCCUGCAGGAUCUUCUGGUGGUCUGGGACGCCUUGUUUGCAGAUGGCCUUAGCCUGAGUUUAGUUGACUAUAUCUUCAUAGCCAUGUUACUCUACAUCCGAGAUGCUUUGAUCUCUAGUAACUACCAGACCUGUCUUGGCCUUCUGAUGCAUUACCCACUAAUUGGGGAUGUACACUCACUGAUUCUUAAGGCUCUGUUCCUUCGAGAUCCAAAGAGAAAUCCAAGACCAGUGACUUACCAAUUCCAUCCAAAUUUAGACUAUUACAAAGCACGGGGAGCAGAUCUUAUGAAUAAAAGCCGGGCCAAUGCCAAAAGCGCCCCCCUGAAUAUAAAUAAGGUCUCUAAUAGCCUGAUCAAUUUUGGAAGAAAGUUGAUUUCUCCGGCAAUGGCCCCGGGCAGUGCGGGAGGCCCCGUGCCAGCAGGCGGUAGUGGUGGCGGCACCACUGCCGCGGCCCCCACCAGGACCUUAGCAGAGCUCCCCAGGCAGCACCUGCAGCAGCAGCAGCAGCAGCAGCACCUGCAGCAGCAGCAGCAGCAGCAGCAGCGACUGAUGAAAUCAGAAAGCAUGCCAGUGCAGUUGAACAAAGGCGAUGUAGUUACAGGAAGCGAUGCUCAGGUUACUGCUCCUGCCCAGACUCUAACUGACCUCCAAGGACAAAGUUCUAAAACCAUCAGUUCAUCCCCAAGCACUGAAAGUUUGCCUGGAGGAAGAGAAUUCACUGGCUCCCCACCUUCAUCUGCUACUAAAAAGGAUUCCUUUUUUAGCAACAUCUCUCGGUCCCGCUCACACAGCAAAACUAUGGGCAGAAAAGAAUCUGAAGAAGAAUUAGAAGCCCAGAUUUCCUUCCUUCAAGGACAAUUAAAUGACCUAGAUGCCAUGUGCAAGUACUGUGCGAAGGUGAUGGACACUCAUCUUGUAAAUAUUCAAGAUGUGAUAUUACAAGAAAAUUUGGAGAAAGAAGAUCAAAUUCUAGUCUCUCUGGCAGGAUUAAAACAGAUCAAAGACAUUCUGAAAGGUUCCCUGCGUUUCAACCAGAGUCAGCUGGAAGCUGAGGAGAAUGAGCAGAUCACCAUCUCAGAUGAUCACUACUGCUCCAGUGGCCAGGGCCAGGGCCAAGGCCAAGGCCAGAGCGACCAAACGCCUGGGGCCAGCAAGCAGGCCUCCUCAGAAACAUCAGGGCGCAUGGACAGAGGGAACGCAGACGACUUCAUCCUGGUCUCCAAAGACGAUGACAUGGGCAGUGCCAAGGGGUCCUCCUCAGGCCAGGCGCAGCCUCUUCGCACCCUCCGAAGCACCUCUGGGAAAAGCGAGCCCCUGGCCCGCUCCCCUCUGGUGUUCUCUGACCCACUGAUGGGCCCGGCCUCAGCUUCCUCCAGCAACCCCGGCUCCAGCCCUGAUGAGGACAGCAGCAGCAACAGCAAGGACUCGGGCUUCACCAUUGUGAGCCCCCUGGACAUCUGACCACAGUGCCCCUGGCUUCCCUUGUGGGGACCGGCCACCCCCCUCAGCAGCCCCAGGGUCUGGCUGAGGCUCCCCCAGUGGAGACCCCUCUGAAACCAACACUUCUUUCGCAGCAGGCCUGUGGCCCUCACGCAGCCCAUCGGAACCCUCUAGAGAGAGGCAGACGGGGCCACAGAGUGCACAGACUGAUGUUCACCGGAACUCAGGGCUUUUGCGGCCCUUACCUCAUCCCACCCCACCCUUGCUCUGAGGUGGACCUGGGUUAAGUAUCCAGUAUCAGCUCAUUGUCAGAAAAGAGACCAAACCACAAUUAGAAUCACUUUUCAUCCGUCCUCUUUUCCCCAACUAAGAAUUAGGUGUGGCAACUCCAUCAUUUUUAACUAGAAGAAGGAAGAAGAGUUGGUUUCAAACCUUCCCUCCCUCAGAGCACCAGUCAUAGGAAAAUCAAUUGAUAUCAAGAAGGCUUUCUCUCUGGAAAUCUAUAUCUCAGCCUAUUUCAUUACUCCUUUGGGGAGCCAUACAGCAGAGCCAAAUACAACAGAAUGGACUAGAACUGGUGGAUUCCAGGGCUGGAAAAAACCCAUCACUGACCUCUCAGAAAGUUACAGUGAUCUUUAGAAACAGGGUCUAAACUUACGAAUCAUAUUUUGGUGUGAUGGGAGUUAGAUUUUUUUCAUUUGUUAAAGAGUACAUUUCCAGACCUCAGGCCAGAUCGACUCCGGCCAUCACUGUCCCUCCUCACACAAUUGUAUUUCCCCUCUUAGAAUCUUUCAGGACCAGAAAGCAAGGUCACAUUAAGCCAAUCUUUGAUGCACUGAUUUCAAAAGUUGUAAGAAUAUUACUUCCUUGAAUUGGCAAAUGUGACCCUGACUGUGGGAUAAGCAUCUCUCAGAUAGUUUUCUGGUAAAGCUUCUGUAACCUUGACGGUGGAAUACACUGUCACCUGUCAGUUGAGAAGUAAAGGGAAAAACCCAAACUCAUUCCCAUCCACAGUCAGGAUCUCCCAUUGGCCUUAAAGUAGCAGUAACAGGGAAUAAGACCUGGAGUCCCUUCUGGGGGAGCAGGACUUCCCACAGAACAUUCCAGAUGUCAUCAGGAUGCGGAAUUGCUGCACAGCCCUCCCUUUGCUGGGAGCCAAGUGUAGUUGCUGCAGGGCCUGGGUUGGGUUGUGCACUGCGCCAGGCCCCACGGCCACGGCAGGACCAGGUCCGGCAUGCCGGCGCCUUCCCCGGCUUCAGCGUGGAGUGGGGCUUUCCCCUUUUCAGUGGGCGGCUUACGGAAUCGUGAUGGGCAGAAGGCAUCACGGAAGCUGUUUGUUGUCUUAAGAAGUCCCUGCACAGGACACUUCCCCUCUCCUGGGCCCAGGCAGGAGUUGUGACAGGAGAGCGCAGUGCCCCCCGUGACUGGCCCUUAGGGCCUCUCCUCUGAGGAGGGCGAGGCCUCUGGGCGGCGGGACCUGUCAUGCCAACAAGGGAAAAGCUAAGUUUGAAAGAAUGCCAUCUAAUCCUUCCCACUUCUGACCAUGUAUUUCUCUACAGACGAAAGUGAUAAUGACCUGAUUUCCCCUGUGUGCCCCGAAAACCUAGUGAUGACUCGAGAGUCAGCUACUACAGAGAGGGUUCUAAGUAGCUCUACCACUUGUUCUUAAACUCUAGCAGGAGAACCUCUGAACGCAUGAGCCUGGAAGACGAGUAACCGCUCUGGUUUUGCUCAGAUAACAGGACUGUUUGGCCUUCCGUGGCUACUUAGAGAUACGCUGAUGAGCUCCCUGGCUCCUGACUGAGUGGUCUGCCCAGUCCCCUGUGGGGGCGACUCACUGAGUAAGUUACUGCCAAGUAUGUGUCGCCCUGAAGACUAUGCUCCCAAGGUCCCUGUACAGUGAGCGGCCUUGCAACUGCGCCGGGUUGCCAUUAUUUUCUCUCAGAGGACCUAGUCUGGGGACUUGUUGGUAUUUUGAGUUCUAAGGUAAAAAGCGCAGAGCCAUCCUUGCCAGGGCUCCAGGACAGCGACUGGAAAGGGCCAUGGAGCUGGCUCUCCCCUGGCAGCGGGUCACAGCCAUCUGCUCGCUUUGAGCAUCUCCGUGGCCCCUGAGAGCUAGACUCACAGGAGGCCAGUACCAGUGGGCACACAGGAGCCGCCAGGCACCCACCACCCCGAGGCCCUGGGCUACCUCCCUGCAGUCGGCCAGGUGUCUGCGAGUCACUGAAACCCCCGGCCUCCAGCACACUAAGGGUAGGUCCUCCGUUCUGUGCUUCCGUGUCAGUGCCACGUGAGAACGAUGGGGUCCCUCAGGGCUGUUGCUUCUGUGGUUCGAAACACGCUGCUCCCUGCUCGGAGGAAAGAGACUCAAGGGGGAGUGGACGCGGGCAGUGCCAUCCUCAACCUCCCAUAGAUCCGUGGGGCUCGAGAGCUGUAUUACUCUCUCAAUCUUUUUAAGUGACUUGUUUUUAUUUUUCAUAGUCAAGCAUUGUUUGCAUUUUUAUUAGUUACAGUGCUAUUAAAGAAUGUGUUCCUUUUUUAUUAUUUUAUCAGGUACUUCUGUUACAUUGCACAUUUUUUUAAAUCCUGACCAUAUGAAACCUUUUUAUUUUUCUUUAACAAAUAUAAUCAGUGGAACCCUCUCAUGUUUUGAUUAUUAGCAGUUAAAUACAUUUUAUAUCUGUAAAGCUUAGAUGUGUUCUACCAAUCCACUUUUUUAAUACAUGUGCCUGUGUUUCAUGCAUUCCUCUCUGAUCAGUUUGGAACUUUGAGUUAAAUUUUAUCUUUUUACGUUACAUAUGAGAGUUACAGAUUAGAGAAAGAAAAUCAUUAUGACUUUGCCUUACCUUUUGUAUAUGCCAAGGGGUCAUACAACACUUUAAACACUUAAUUAUACUGGAUUCUUCUUCCAAAGGUGAUCUCCUGCUAAUGCUCACUGCUAACUGCAACCCGGUGAGAAUACCACUGCGGAACGAGUGUGGCUAAAAGUCCACCGAGGCAGCCUUGUGCUUUGCCUUCUCUGCAGCUGACUGCCCUCCACUAACAUGAAUGACUCCCGCACUUUGUCAGAGACAAUGAACAAAUACAAAACUCAGUGGCACUUACGUUGUCUCCUAAUGAUAGGUAAUCUGCCAGAGUUGACUUAAAUUUACUAUUUUUGUUUUUAUUUUGUUGUUUCCUUAAGUUGCCUCCUGGAGUUGUUACAGAACCAGUGUUGGGGCCAGCAGGGAGCAGGGGAGGAGACGCAGGCCCUCGGAGUGGCUGUCCUGUGGGGGCCAGGCCAUUCCACCAUUCCGUCCCCCUCUCCUGCAGGUGCACACCUGGCCCCGCCCCCGUGUGUACAGAACAGGGGCCCUGGGGGGUGGGGGGGCGGGGACAGGAGGCGGGGGAUAAAUUAAGGAAGGCACCUGGCAAGCCGGGCUUCCUUCCCACAGGCCAAAAUGCUUCCCCACCCCACCCUCUAUGUUACUUUCAAAAGCUCUCUUUUUAUAGUGUUAAAAAGAAAUAGAAAUAUAAAGUUCCUGUAAGCAGGCUGGAGACCACUUUGAUGUAAAAGUCGUCAUAAUAAUUUCUCUCAUGAGGGCACAAUUUAUUUGAUUUAUGGAAUACCCUGUUGUGCCAUUUAUAUCCUGUUGCUUUGUUCUCAUUCGUCUUUAUGCUGUAACUCAUACUGAUUUAAGAAAUGACUUACCCUUUUGGCAAAGUGAUCCCAUUCAAUACAGUUACAAUAAAAGACUAAUGUGAAACUGA